AUGUUGUUACUGUUGUAUUGUGAGAAAACUGUUGAGCCCAAUCACAACAGCCCAUAUCCAAUUUUUUUCUUCGGAAGCUAAAAUUGCUGCUGCGUAUCGAACAAAGGCUGUGUAGAGUGUAGACACGUUGCUUUCGGGGCCUAAAACUGAGGCACGUUGCAGAAGCCGAACACAUGCAACAAUGGAAUGGAGUCGGAAACAAACAAAUCAACCUACGUCCACAAAGAACACCAACAACAAUCGCCCCAAACACACAUAAUAAUCAAAGAUAGCCUUUCUUGAGUUCUUCCGGUUCUUCCUAAAUAACUUCAUUUUGAAAGGUCACCUUCCUUCAUAAUUACAUCCAAAGAAGCAAACUUUUCGAGGUAUGUUGGCCUUGUUCCUUUACAUAUUUCGCUUCAUCGUCUGGUUUUCUCUAAAUCACCACAUGGAUCCCAAUCAACAAACAUGAAAAUCAAUGGCGAUUUUGUGAAUCUAAGAAGAAUGCACCCGAGCGAACCCAUAUCACAUCCUGAAUGAAAGUGAUGUUCUUUUUUCCAUCAUCAGAAAGCUUGCCUGUUAUAUGAAUGUGUAGAUUCAUAUCCAAUCUAUUGAUGGGGAACGUCUGAAGCGAAUCAAUCAUGUUCUUUCGAUCCCGAGUAACAAGCAAUGAAUUGCAUUUUUAUUAGAUCAAAAGAGGAAUCAUCUGUGGAUGAAGAGGAUAAUACCCAAUUGCCCUGUUAGGAAGAGAAUGAAUGAAUGAAUUGGAUAAGAAAGAAGCAACUGAAUUCUGGUUUCUGCUCGCUGUCUUUUCCUAGGAACAAACAUGGCAGAACCAAAAGAUGGCAAAGACAGCUCUUCCAAACUCGAUCGCUACGAUGCAUAUUUCGAGACGAUUCAGUCCAGGAAGAAACUACCACAUUCUUUGCAGGAGACUCUGACUGAUGCAUUUGCUAGGAUCCCGGCUUCUUCCUUCCCAAAAGUUCCCGGCGGCAAAGUCAUUGAAAUAGACGCAGACACAACGGUCUGCCAUGCGGUCAAGGUUCUAUCGGAAUGCAACAUCAUGAGUGCACCGGUUAGGAACCCAGGCGCAGGGGACAGUCCUGACUGGAAAGAAAGGUACCUUGGCAUCAUAGACUAUGCAGCAAUCAUUCUGUGGGUGCUGGAGAGUGCAGAACUUGCGGCGGUAGCUAUCUCAGCCAGCACCGCCACCGCUGCUGGCAUAGGAGCUGGAGCUGUUGGCGCCAUUGGAGCAGUAGCAUUGGGGGUGACCGGUCCCGCUGCCAUUGCUGGCUUGACUGCAGCAGCUGUAGGUGCAGCUGUGGCUGGUGGUGUGGUGGCCGAUAGAGGCGUGGGGAAAGAUGCCCCUACAGCAGUUGACAGCUUAGGGAAUGACUUCUACAAAGUUAUCCUUGAAGAAGAACCCUUCAGAUCUACCACUGUGAAAACCAUCCUAAAUUCAUACCGGUGGGCUCCAUUCCUCCCAGUUGCUACAGACGGUUCAAUGUUGAGUGUCUUGCUUUUACUCUCAAAGUAUAGGCUGAGAAAUGUACCUGUAAUUGAACCUGGGAAGCCAGAAGUUAAGAACUUCAUCACACAAUCUGCAGUAGUGCAGGGCCUGGAGGAAUGCAAAGGAAGGGACUGGUUUGAUUGCAUAGCGGCAUGUCCCCUUUCGGAUCUGGGACUCCCUUUCAUGUCUCCGGACAAGGUUAUCUGCAUACAGAGUGACGAAUUGAUUCUGGAAGCUUUCAAGCUGAUGAGGGAUGAUGAAAUUGGCGGUCUUCCGGUGGUGGAAGGGCCGAAAAGGAAGAUCGUUGGAAAUAUAAGCAUAAGGGACAUCCGAUUCUUGCUGCUGAAACGUGAACUAUUCACCAAUUUCAGGCAGCUUACUGUAAAGGAUUUCAUGAUGACGAUCUCAAGUCACGAGAAUGGCAAAGUAAUGCCGCCCAUAACAUGCAGAUCAGAUGCCACUCUCGGCAGUGUGAUCCACCAUCUUGCUUCAAAAUCAGUCCACAGGAUCUAUGUUGUGGAUAACCAAGACGAAGGAGUUGUUGGUGUGAUAACACUUCGAGAUGUGAUAUCUUGCUUCAUUUACGAGCCGCCAAACCUUUUCGAUGUCUACUUCGACACUUCAAUCAAAGAAGUUCUCGAAAAGUAAUGCAUCUGCUGUCAAACUCGCCAUGGGGGUUUUCUGAAAGCGCGGUAGGUCGUCGGAAUCUUACCCGAGAGCACAUCGUGCUAACUCCCAUACCUUAUUAUCUGUGUCAUUCCUUGGUGAUAGAAUUUAUAUAAGCAGUAGGUUUGUUGAAGCUGAAAGUAGAGUCCCGGCAAUGUUGUGAAUUGGCAUGUGUAUGUAUUUCUCAUUCUUAUCCCGUUAUCCGACUCCCAUCAAACUAUAUACGGGAAUUUUUUUCUGUCUUCUGUCGUUUAACAUCAUUCUGAUUCUUUCUGCAUCAGUUUACCUUCCAACACCAGCGUAUAUAGACAAAAGGAGUUGGAUAUGGGUCCAACUCUGUUAGCUUCAUAGCCACUUGUUCUCCCAAGUCGAAAUGCAAGUGGUGCCUAGAAGCAGUAAGCAACGAGGCAAAUACUGAAGUAGAUUGCUCUGGUACAAUCUCCAUUGGAUUCCUACCAUAUUUAUUAGUCAUGCUCUUAAAAACCUACCAUCCUUUGUCAACUUGACCAGUGUGGCUCUGGUACACUCUCCAUUAGAUUCCUAGCUUCAUCCAUCAUCCCAUUUCUACCCAGAAGGUCGAUCAUGCAACCAAAAUGCUCUGGUUUGGAAAUCAAGCCAUAUUCAUUAGUAUUUAGUCAUGCUCUUGGAAACCUUCCUUCCUUUGCCAACUUGACCAGUGUGACUGCACAGUGACAUAAUAGAAGUAAAAGUACCUGAAUUCGGCUUCACCUUCUCCCUCAGCAUCUGAUACAAAUUACAAAACUUGAAUCCCGAGUUUCUCCCCAUUUGCUCCCUACCCUGAUAUCAUGACAUUCCAAAAUGCUGGAUCAAUAGGCUUCAGGUCAAAUCAAUCAAAGGUCUUACUUGCCCAAGAAACACUGCCGCAUUUCAUAUACAGGUCAAUCAGUGCAGUCGCCAUAAAUUCAUCAGCAUGCCCGUGAAUCUCUUUCCCAUGCUGCAUGGAGGAUAGAGAUGCACAAGCUGGCAGUAGACUGGUAACAGACUUCAAACUGAGGUUGGUACCAGAAGAUUGCGUCUUCCUGAAGAAGUGAACAGCUUCACUAGCCUUAUCCAACCCGCUGAUCAUGGAAUUUCAUGUUACUGAAUCAGGUUACAAUCCUUCGGAUUCUAAUAGUCCAGACGAUUUAGCAGGCGUGUCGGUUUUAACCAUUUAACAUCAGACUGGAAAUCAUUGAGUUCCAGGCCAACUUGACCGCCCAGCUAUGCACCUGCGGGCACAACGCCGCACUGUAGCAACUAGCAAGCAGUCAGAACACUCGACACGGUAACUGAUUAGGCCUGAACCCAAAUAAACCCACCUCUCGGAACAACGAAAAAGCCUUUUUGCGAAGACCGGUGUUCGCCAAACCCGAGUUAGCGGCAUUCUGCGAGGUCAAGUUUCGGCGAGGCAUUUCAGCGAACACUUUGCCUGCGUCGUGCGGCAAAUGUAGCUUCAUUUACAUGUUAGUCAGGGAGGUGGACGAGUGGGUGUGGAGGUGAAAGCCGGAUUUGAGGAGCUACGUGUGAAGGAUUUGGCCCUGGAGAGGGGAAUCAAAGUAGACGCAUUCUGUGAAAAGAGGAGGGGAAGUAAACCGGUUGGCGGGAAGCCCGGCGGAACGAAGCAGAGAGUCGAGGGAGAGGGAUUCUCGGAGUUAGAGUGCUAACUCUCAGCACAGCACCAUCCUAACCAUUUUUAUCACCGUUGUUUGCUUUUAAGUUAAAUCAGACCGUGAGAAGCAACAAGAUGCGUGUUUGAUAUUUUUGAAAAUUUAAAUUUUAAUUAUUUCUCUCCUCCUUAACAAAAAGUAAAAAUAUACUUCUAGACAAAGACAACCACUCCUCGACAAAAACCAUAACUUGCAGAAUAAAAAACAAAUCGCUAC